AUGUAUGUGAAAUGGUUUGAUACAGUAAUGUUUUACUAUGUGAUUUUAGAGAAUUUAGUGAAUGUCACUUUUUGUCAUUCAAAUUUCCUGCUAGUUCCAUCCCCCGUCCCAAAGUCGCAGGGGAUGGAACCCAGAAGACAGAUGCUGGCAUCCGCCGGAGGACAAUACAGGGGACACUGCAGGAGGGACAUCGCAGGAGCACAGGACAAGGUAAGAGAAGAACAGAUCCCAGAGCUGAGCCGCAUGGUAAGCUCGAGUGUAGCUCGGGGUUACCGCUUUUGCUACACUCGGGAAUACCGCCAAGGAGGUUAAGUU